GGGACCGUUACAGUUUUCAAGUAAAGACUAAAAACACACUUUUAUAAAAUGGCUUUCUUAUCUUAGUGGGUUUUACUGUAACUUUAAAAUGGCUGCUUUUGUAUUAUGUGUAUACUGUUAUUUAAAUCUGUUAUUUAAAUGGCCUCAUUGUGGCAGUUGAAUGUGUGACAUGCUAUACAAAUGUAUUGUUUGUUCUUUUUUUAUGCUAUGUACUGUACAGUGCUUUGCGAUAAUUUUGUAUAAAAAGCGCUAUAUAAAUGCAAAAUAUCACGUUUUAUUUAGAGUUUGGAAGUUAUGGAUGAGUUAAACAAUGGAAGCCAUUGACGGACUAGCAGUAGCCUUUGAAAACAAGGAGCACCAAACACUUUCCAGUGUUAGCACAGACAUUGGAAAAAGCUAAAUGUUUGUCUGCUGGUACUGGAAUGAGAGGUUACCCCAGUCUCACAGUUCAUAGAAUUAGGGCAGAAAGUGGAAAAUCUGAGUAAUUGCCACACCCAUGUGACAACACAACACAACACAAGAAUAUGGAGACUGACGUGUUUCUAGCUGGUCGCAGUAGAAGUAUUAAGCAGCACCUUUAUCUCUCCUCCAGGGCUGUGCGUGUGUCUGUGACAGACUCCAUGGCCUUGCCCUGGGGCCUCGCUGUGGAUGGCUCAUUUGUUCUCUUAUCUCUUUGCUCACUGAGCCUCGGCCUUCACUCUGGGUACAUAUAGCUUGAGCUGAGCAGGUUCCAGUAGAAAGAACACUUCCUAGCCAAACUACAGAGUGACAGAGCUUCCCAUCGGAAACGAGAAGACAACAGCAAAGACAAUGCUCCCGGCCACUUUUAAACUCUGUGCAGGCAUCUCUUACAGACAUCUUAGAAACAUGACUGGUCUGCAGAAGACAGCAGUAGUUGCCAUUAACCACGAGUUGAAGAGGUUUGCUGGUCCCGGACCCAGUAACUGGAUUAGCCAGGUCCGCAGGAAGAGCUCCUUAUUAAGCUCUAGGAUUGAAGAGAAGCCCUACAGUGAGGUGGAAAUGUCCUACGUGAAGCAAGGAGAGGAGGCUCUUCAGAAGUCAAUCAGCAUCCUCAGUGAUCAGGACAACUGGAAGACUGAGAUUGUGGCUGCCAAUGGAGACAAGGUGCUGAGUAAGGUGCUCCCGGACAUCGGCAAGGUGUUCAAGCUAGAGGUGGUCCUGGACCAGUACCCUGACCGCCUGUAUGGGGAGCUGGUGGACAACAUGGAGCAGAUGGGAGACUGGAACCCCAACGUCAAGCAAGUCAAGAUCCUCCAGAGGAUUGGGCAGGACACCAUGGUGACUCACGAGAUGGCAGCCGAGACCGCAGGCAACAUCGUGGGGCCCCGAGACUUUGUGAGCGUGCGCUGUGCCAAGAGGCGUGGCUCCACCUGCUUCCUUGCUGGCAUGUCCACCCGAUACACUGGCAUGCCCGAGCAAAAAGGCUUCAUCAGAGCGGAGAACGGCCCCACCUGUAUUGUUCUUCGGCCCAAUGCUGAGGACCCAACCAAGACAAAGUUCACCUGGCUUCUCAGCAUAGACCUGAAGGGUUGGCUUCCGAAAACCAUCAUUAACCAGGUCCUGUCCCAAACCCAAAUGGACUUCGCCCAGCACCUGCGUGACCGCAUGGAGACCAUAGCUCUACCCUGCUGACCCCUCAGACCAGCCCAACACCGCACUGCAUGCAUACUGUACACACAGCAGCCUCUAUAGAAGCAGACACAGUCGCAAUUGCCAAUGCAGGAGUGGGUGGACUUUUUCUUAACCGGAUUGAACAAACACAUAAUUUGUUUUCACCUUUAUUCCAUUUGUUUUACAAAAUUGUAGUUAAAAGAAAAAUACUGUAGAUGUGUGUGGAUAUUGAAAUGUACUACAGGAUGCACACAUAUUUGUGAUAAAGUAGCCUAACUCAUUUUUAUUUGA